GCGAGAAGCGCUGAGAGUCGCACUUCCACCAGCAGCCUUUACACACAGUGAUCAGUACUAACCUCACACACAUACACACACACACACAGGGCUGGACUCGCACUCAGCCGGGCCGUACCUCUUCGGACCUACAGCUGCCGGAGCAUUUAGGAGUUUUAAGUGGUUUUAAUGUUCGCCGGAGCGAGCGAAACCUGCCAUCAUGGGAUUGCCGUUACCAGCCAAUGUGCUGAAGUGAGCUGGAUUUUCCCUCCGGUUUAAGCCCCACCCUCCCCGAGGGGCCACUCCCCCCUCCAUCCCACCGGAGGACCAGCAGUCAUGGCGGGAAUCAAGCGCGGGUACGACGGAAAGAUCGCUGGACUAUAUGACCUGGACAAGACGCUCGGCCGUGGCCAUUUCGCCGUGGUUAAACUAGCCCGUCAUGUCUUCACCGGCGAAAAAGUGGCAGUGAAGGUAAUUGACAAGACCAAGCUCGACACGGUCGCAACCGGUCAUCUGUUCCAGGAGGUCCGCUGUAUGAAACUGGUCCAGCACCCCAACAUCGUUCGGCUCUACGAGGUCAUUGACACCCAAACCAAACUCUACCUGAUUUUAGAGCUCGGCGAUGGUGGUGACAUGUUUGAUUACAUCAUGAAGCAUGAGGAGGGGCUGAAUGAGGAGCUGGCAAAGAAAUAUUUCGCCCAGAUUGUGCACGCCAUCUCGUACUGUCACCGGUUGCAUGUGGUUCAUCGCGACCUGAAGCCGGAGAAUGUGGUGUUCUUUGAGAAACAGGGCCUGGUCAAGCUCACCGACUUUGGCUUCAGUAAUAAGUUUCAGCCGGGAAAGAAACUGACCACCAGCUGUGGCUCGCUGGCUUAUUCUGCCCCUGAGAUCCUGCUGGGAGAUGAGUAUGAUGCACCUGCUGUGGAUAUCUGGAGUCUAGGGGUCAUCCUCUUCAUGCUGGUGUGUGGUCAGCCACCUUUCCAGGAGGCCAAUGACAGCGAGACCCUGACUAUGAUCAUGGACUGCAAAUACACUGUACCUGCCCACGUCUCCAACGCCUGCAAAGACCUGAUAAACCGAAUGCUACAAAGGGAUCCGAAGAGGCGAGCAUCGCUGGAGGAGAUCGAGAGCCACGCGUGGCUUCAAGGAGUUGACCCAUCUCCAGCCACCAAAUUCAACACCCCCCUGGUGUCUCACAAGAAUUUGUCAGAAGAGGAACACAACAGCAUCAUCCAACGCAUGGUGCUCGGAGACAUCGCCGACAGAGAAGCCAUCAUCGAAGCCCUAGAGACAAACAAGUACAACCACAUCACUGCUACUUACUUUUUGUUGGCUGAACGGAUCCUGAGGGAAAAGCAGGAGAAGGAGGUGCAACCUCGUUCUUUAAGCCCCAGCAACAUCAAAGCCCACUUCAGGCAGUCAUGGCCGACCAAAAUCGACAUGCAUCAGGACAUCGAAGACAGGUUAGCCUCUUCAUCCAUCUCACAUGCUGGAGGUCCACAGUCUCCUGCUCGCAGUACAGAGAAUCUGCUAAAUGGUCACCGCAAUAAAGGGCUUCUAGAAGUGAGCCGUAGAGAGGAGAUCAGCGAAGCCUCCAGCAGCUCUGCUGCACAUGCUGCUUUGCCCCCAAACCCCCUUAAAUCUGGAGUCAUGGCCCCUCUUGCAUCCGCUUCAGCCAAGCAGCGAACCUGCCUCUUUCGGGUGGAAGAAGAUGAAGAGGAGGAGGAAGAACAGGAGCCUUCACCCUUGCCCACCCAGGUGGUCUUGCGUCGCAAACCACUGUCUAUCACCAACCGGCUUACGUCUCGAAAAAGCGCCCCAGUGCUCAAUCAGAUCUUCGAGGAGGAAGGCGAAUCAGAUGAUGACUUUGACAUGGAUGAAAGUCUCCCACCCAAGCUCAGCCGGUUGAAGAUGAACAUGGCGUCUCCUGGUACGGCUCAGAAACGCUACCACCGGCGCAAAAGUCAGGGCCGCGGUUCAAGCUGCUCUAGCUCCGAAACGAGCGAUGAUGAUUCAGAGAGCCAUCGCCGCAGACUAGACAAAGACACAGGGUUCACCUACAGCUGGAACCGCAGGGACAGUAGUGAGGGUCCACCUGGAAACUCUGGGGGCAAUGGAGGUGGUAGUAGUGGAGGGCAGAGCAAACCACCUGGGGAAGGUAACUCAGGACCAGACAAGGGCAGCCCUCCAGGAGGAGGGAAUGGUGGUAGUACAGGAGGGGGCAGUGGAGGUGGUGGGAGUACAAAAGGACAGGGAGGCCCUUCCAGCUGCUCCCGUAGCAACAACAACAAUGCUUCAUCUGGCCAGACACGUAGUGCAGCUCGGAGUGCAGGGGAACUGGUAGAGAGUCUGAAACUCAUGAGUCUAUGCUUGAGUUCUCAGUUUCAGCAUCGCAGCUCUGGAGGAGGUGGUGGUGGACGGUUCAUCCUAGAUCCUCAGAGCCUGUCCAGCGUUAAAGUCCAGGAGAAGUCCUCCUGGAAGAUGUGCAUUGGCUCCAACAACAGUCUAGACAAAGUGAUCAAACCUGCCUUGAAUGGUGGCGUUGGGGCUAUGGAGCAUUAUCAAGACCAAACGGCAGUCAUGUUAAAUGAACUUGGCCUGGUCAAGGAGAACAACCUGAACUUGAAAAAUAACGUUCUCCAGCUACCUCUGUGUGAAAAGACCAUCUCCGUGAACAUCCAGCGAAGCCCCAGGGAUGGGCUACUCUGUGCCUCAGCCCAGGCCAGCUGCUGUCAGGUCAUAUGACGGCAUGGCGCACAGGGCUGGUUCUCAGAGUGGAUUGUUCCUAUUGCCACAUUUGUAGCUUUCGAUGACUUGAGUUCUCCACCAGUAGCUGUACAUGACCUCUCUUGAUCCCAACUUGACCGUUAAACCUGCCUUCUAUGUCAUCUUAAUCAUUCUCAUUCAACUUAUUUAUUAAGUUCUUUCCUUGGACCCAUUGGUUUUUAAUGAAGUGCACGCUGCUAUCCUUUUCUUUUUUGUGUCUUUAUUUGUUUUGCCCAAUUAGACUUUAAUACAAUUUAAUAUGUGUUUCCAAGGCCUGUUCAUUUUGCUUUUUUAGCCCUUGAAACGCUCUUAAUAUAAAUUCCAUGAUUCCAACACCACCCAAUCAGUCAAGAGUUGUGGAAACUGUAUGUAUAAAUAAAUGACCUUUAAUAAAGUGAGAUUUAAAUUAAGACCAACAGUAUGACAGAACAGAACAUGGCAAUUCAUAAAACAAGCACUUAAAGUACCACAACUGGUUUUGUAAAUUUAAGCCCCGAUAUGAUUGUAAUGAGAUGGUUAUACAGUAAAAGCAAUAGUGAGAGUAAAGAACAAAUCCUGAUUUUUAAUUCAUAGUGCUGUCUGACGAGUCUUAAACUGAAUGAUUAUUUUGCACACUUUCUUUCACCUUUUUUAAGUGCUAUUGACUGUUUCCUUGUCACCAUUUAGAAAUGUUCACUAUAGAUAAACUUUUGAGGUUAGUGACAAUCAGUUGCAAUAACAAGGGGGAUUUAUUAAUGAAUAAUUUCCAAAAUGGGGCUACAGAUAACCCAGAAGUGUUUUAUUUGAAUAACAUUAAUCACAUUCACCAUGUUCUUGAUUCACAUAUAUAUUUCAGGAAACAUUUGGGAUUUAAGUGCAAUUUCUCCAUGUUCAAGCUGGUAAAUUUUGUAAUUCAAUCUGCCCUCUUAAGUAAUAAUGUUUUGCCAAAUUUGCAACCCAGACAGCACUGUGGAUACACCCACACAUAAAUGUGUUCAUCCUAGUUUUAUCAAAUUAUAAAAUUAAAUUGCACUACGGUAUAAGUAGAGACUACAAUUAGGAUACUUUGAACACCAUACAAUUCACAGCGGGGAUAAUUAGCCUUUACAAUGUGUUUCUGCCAGAGUAAAAUCAAACCGGCAGACAGCGACCGUAUUCAGUUUGUGUAGUUUUAAAUGUGUUAAUAAGAAGUACCCCUCUAGAAACUAUUUUAUCAUUAAGGACACUUUUUCGGUUCUCUCCCCUGUUGUUCUUGUACCAUUCAGCUUUGAGUUACUGUAUAUACCAGUCUCAGAUCGACUGGCCUUAGGGGAUGUUUAUAAGUAUGUACAUAUAUUUUUUUAAAAGUUUAUUUUUUUGAAAACUGCUGUUUUAAAAUGCUGUUUUGGAUGUGAGCCUUGAACUGGCUUGUAGUUGGGAUAUAUUGGGGCUUUUUUUGUCACCUGGCCACCUGAUAACAGAGAAAUAAAUAAAUGGUAUGACUUCUAUUCAGUGGAUGGCCACUCUUUCAGGAAAUUUGGCUUCAAGAGUUGGCCGUUGGGUGACCAUCAACUGGUAUAGAAAAAAAGUCAAAGAUCUACAGGACUGUGAGUGUGAAAGAAUCGGUUGUGAGAUUUAAAGGGCAUUUGCAAUAAGCUAAGCUAUAAGUUGCAGCUAUAUGUAAAUAUAAUUUUUGUUUUGUUUUUAUAUUUCAAAACUGUACAUCCUCUAAAUGGCUCACUUGACCCAAAUUAUCUUAAGUAUUUCUGUUUGUUUUGUCUUUUUGUUUUUCAAAAUAAAGUCUGUAAAUAUUGGUGUAAAUAUGGUGCUCUACACUUAGAAAUGCAGUGUUGGACUUCUUGUUCAUAGCUGUAAUAUAGCCUUAUUAGAUAUGAGUGUCAAAAACAGAGCAAGGGAGGUUUAAAAGAAAACAGUGCUAUAUGCAUAAUGUCAGUCUCUGACUUUGUCCUACCCUAAUGUAAACAGCUAAACGACAUGUGCAUGUGUUGUGCGUUUGACAUUAUUGAUCCACGUUCAUUCAGAGGAAAAGAACCACCACAGAAAUGUUACAGGACCAAACCAUGUACUGACGUUAAAAAAGAAAAAAAAAAAAGAAGAAAAAAAAAAAAAACAACUUUGAAGAAGCAAAAUGAAUAAAUGUUCUGUUGCUGAAACUUGUCUUUAAAAGUUACAUAUAGCUAUGGUGAUGUCCAAAAUUAAAUGUGAAAUAUGUUGUCUUUAAACCCGGACUUUGUCCUUUU